AUGGCGGCCACGAUACCCGGCGUCUGCUGGGUCCGCGCCGCCGCAGCUCUGCUCCUAGGCUGCUGCGGCGCAGCGCUCGCCAGCGGCGUCCAGGAUCAAGCAGAACAGUUCUUCAGAAGCGGACAUACAAAUAAUUGGGCAGUUUUGGUGUGUACCUCUCGAUUCUGGUUUAAUUAUCGUCAUGUGGCAAAUACUCUUUCAGUAUAUAGAAGUGUCAAGAGACUGGGCAUUCCUGAUAGCCACAUUGUCCUGAUGCUGGCAGAUGAUAUGGCAUGUAAUCCCAGAAAUCCCAAACCAGCUACCGUCUUUAGUCAUAAAAACAUGGAGCUAAAUGUCUAUGGUGAUGAUGUGGAAGUGGAUUACAGAAGCUAUGAGGUUACUGUUGAAAAUUUCUUGCGUGUAUUAACAGGAAGAAUACCACCAAGCACGCCACGAUCUAAACGUCUUCUUUCUGAUGACAGAAGCAAUAUUCUUAUAUAUAUGACAGGCCAUGGAGGAAAUGGUUUCCUAAAAUUCCAAGAUUCUGAAGAAAUCACAAAUGUAGAACUUGCUGAUGCCUUUGAACAAAUGUGGCAGAAAAGAAGGUACAAUGAAUUGUUGUUUAUUAUUGAUACUUGUCAAGGAGCAUCUAUGUAUGAACGAUUUUAUUCACCUAAUAUAAUGGCCUUGGCUAGCAGCCAAGUAGGAGAAGAUUCUUUAUCACAUCAACCUGAUCUUGGGAUUGGUGUUCAUCUUAUGGACAGAUACACAUUCUACGUACUAGAGUUCUUGGAAGAAAUUCACCCAGCCAGUCAGACAAAUAUGAAUGACCUAUUUCAGGUCUGUCCAAAAAGUUUGUGUGUUUCAACACCUGGACACCGAACCGACCUCUUUCAGCGAGACCCACAAGAUGUUCUGAUAACAGAUUUCUUUGGCAGUGUGAGAAAGGUGGAGAUUACAUCAGAGAUGGUUUCUUUGGAAAGCAGCCUAGCUGGUUUUGAAAGCAAGCUUCCAAAAGAUGAGUUGGCAACAGAACCACUAAAAUAUGCAGAACAACUUCCUGUGGCUCAAAUAAUACACCAGAAACCAAAACAAAAGGACUGGCAUCCUCCUGGAGGAUUUAUUUUAGGACUCUGGGCAUUGAUCAUCAUGGUUUUCUUCAAAACAUAUGGAAUCAAGCACAUGAAACACAUCUUCUGA